UAGGCUAUUGAGGACUUGAUGGUUAUCAAACUUCCUAAGAGUGACACUUCGUGAUUGGGGAUCGUAAUGGAGAUAUGCAUUUCUCAUGACAGUCAAACCUGCUGAAAAAAAGUAUCCCUCUCACAGAAAGAGGGGACACGUCAGUUGUCGUGAAGAAGCUUGAUUUCGCGCCAGAGGGAGGUAAUGCUAUGACUCACGUGUGCGUGCGUAAAAGUGGAUAAAUAGGCGAUUCACGCGCUGAGAAAUAAUUAAAAAAUUAAACAUUCUUGAGGGAAAAAAGGUCACUCGCACGCUGCUGAAUGGAAUUUUUCGUACUCUAUUGGUAUUCCGGUGUCGUUGGCUUUGGACUGUCUUGCGUCUCAGAACGUUGGGUGGAUAGAGAACUGUAAUUCCGUUGUUUGGUGAUAGUUUCUGGACACGACAACCUGUGCACCCGCAGAAGCAACCGGUUGGUUAUUUCCGUUGAGAAUCUGAUAAGAGUCCCGGAGCGCACGGGAAUAACAGAGGACUGAUGGCCACGUCUGAACCGACAGCCGCCGGCGGGGACCAGGACCCCAACUCCGCCAAUUUACGACCUUCAUCCACAAACUAUGACGCGUGGAUGCAAGGAUGCACGCGGAAACUGGGGAUGAAGAUAUGUGGGUUCCUGCAGAAGAAUAACAGUCUAGGGGAGGAAGGCCGGCUCGCAGGCUCGCUUUCAGAACGCCAGAAGAACCUUUUCUCCUGUGUUAACAGCGACCGGGAUGCGCGCUUCCGCCGCACUGAGACCGAUUUCUCCAACAUGUUCGCAAGAGACUUACUUCCCACCAAAAAUGGAGAAGAGGCGACUAUGCAGUUCUUGUUAGAACUUGUGGACAUCCUCACCAACUACGUCAGGAAGACGUUUGACCGUUCCACCAAGGUUCUGGACUUCCACCACCCUCACCAGCUGCUGGAAGGCAUGGAGGGCUUCAACCUCGAGCUCUCUGACCAGCCAGAGUCCCUUGAGCAGAUCCUUGUGGACUGCAGAGACACGCUCAAGUACGGCGUGCGAACAGGUCAUCCACGGUUCUUCAACCAGCUCUCCACUGGGCUGGACAUCAUUGGGCUGGCUGGGGAGUGGCUCACCUCUACAGCCAACACAAACAUGUUCACCUAUGAGAUCGCUCCAGUGUUUGUCCUGAUGGAGCAGCUGACGCUGAAGAAGAUGAGAGAGAUGAUUGGCUGGCCCUCAGGAGAGGGGGACGGCAUAUUCUCACCAGGGGGCGCCAUCUCUAACAUGUACAGUGUGAUGAUCGCUCGCUACAAGUACUUCCCCGAGGUCAAGACCAAGGGCAUGUCUGCCGCUCCCCGCCUGGUGCUCUUCACAUCAGAACAUAGCCACUACUCUAUCAAGAAGGCAGGGGCAGCUCUGGGCUUUGGCUCAGAGAACGUGGUCCUGCUGAGCACAGAUGAGAGGGGGAGAGUUAUUCCUUCUGAUCUAGAAGCUAAGAUCCUCAAUGUCAAGCAGAAGGGUUAUCAUCCACUGUUUGUGAACGCUACAGCUGGUUCCACUGUUUACGGAGCAUUUGACCCCAUCAACGAGAUCGCUGACAUCUGCGAGAAAUACAACAUGUGGUUGCACGUAGACGGUGCAUGGGGAGGUGGUCUCCUGAUGUCCAGGAAGCAUCGCCAUAAGUUCAGCGGGGUUGAGAGGGCUAACUCUGUCACGUGGAACCCUCACAAGAUGAUGGGAGUGCCUCUACAGUGCUCCGCCAUCCUGGUCAGAGAGAAGGGUAUUCUGGCUGGCUGUAACUCGAUGUGUGCAGGGUACCUGUUCCAGCCUGAUAAACAGUAUGAUGUCAGCUAUGACACGGGUGACAAAGCCAUCCAGUGUGGGCGCCACGUUGACAUCUUUAAGUUCUGGCUCAUGUGGAAGGCCAAGGGCACCAUAGGAUUUGAGCAGCACAUUGACAAGUGUCUGGACCUGUCUCAGUACCUCUACGACAAGAUCAGAAACCGAGAGGGAUACGAGAUGGUGUUCGAGGGAGUGCCCCAGCACACCAAUGUGUGUUUCUGGUACAUUCCACCCAGCCUGAGAGGCAUGGAACACAACAGCGAGGAGUAUCGAGAGAAACUUCACAAAGUGGCACCCAAUAUCAAAGCAAUGAUGAUGGAGUCUGGUACGACCAUGGUGGGCUACCAGCCUCAGGGCCAGAAGGUCAACUUCUUCCGCAUGGUCAUCUCCAACCCUGCAGCCCUCCAGUCAGACAUCGACUUCCUGAUUGACGAGAUCGAGAGGCUGGGGCAUGACCUGUAGAUAGCGCCACCACAAUAGCCGGAGGCCGGAACUGCAGUUUUCAAUGUUUUACCUGUGACCAUGUGACCACACUAAUCAGCUCAGAGAAUUUUGGAGCUGUUCUUGUCCUAAACAAUUCUCUCUGUAGGUAGGAUAUGUAAACCACAGCCACUAAAGUUUGACUAAUGUGUGUAUCUGUGUGCAGUAGAGACCUGUGUUGUGUGUGUGUUCAAGUCCGUUUAGCAGUAAUUUGUCUGUGUUGUACAGUAGAUUCAUAAGAGCAAUUAUGGUACGGUAACACAGGGAAACCCUCUACAUCGGUGUGAGUGUGUGUAUGCACGUGUCUGUGUGUGUGUGUGAAUACAAGGAAUGCCUGAGAGCACAUAUAGUAUACAAUAUAUUAUGAUUUAUGAAUAUUAUGAUAUACACGAUGCAUCACUUGCUCUCAGCAUAUAUAUAAUUCUAGACACAGACGCACCAACUCUUUCUCCUAGCGUUAAACCUUGACCUCCAGUGUGUGUUUCGUGGAGAAGCUGUGUGUGUUUAACAGUGUAUGUACCCCGUGCUGUAACCUAAUGCUGUAUUGACCUUUGAACUAUGACCUUGAAAAUGCCCCUAGAUUCUGAUCAAGGGUCAGUAUUAUGUGUUUCUCCCUAAUGGUUAAAAUGAUACAUUUUAGGUAUUGGAGAGGGUAAGCUGAUCCUAGAUCUGUGUCUAAAGGCAAAUUCUACUUGCAGCGUGUAAAACACUGGCUCCUUGCCUGUGUGGAACAAGCCUACAGUAUGUCAUUUUUGAAGAUGUUUAAAUACUAAUAUGAUAAUGAUAUAUAGAUAAAUAUAUAUAAAGAAAAAUAUGAUUAAUUUAUGACAUUACCAGUGUUUUAAAAGUCAAGUAUUUUCUUCCAUUUGUAAAUGUAUAUUUUAUUUAUAUUCUAUAGCCUCUAUGUAAUCUGUAUGUUUUGAUUAAUAAUGUUAUUAGUAAAUUAUAUAUUAACAUAUUAUUGUGAAUAUGUGAGCCAAAGAAAGUGAAUCGGGAACGUAAAGCAAUCCACAGCCCUUGAGAUAGCAGAAAUACACUAAAUCACAUGUAAAAUAUUCUAAAGAUAUUGCUUAAUUUCCCUAAUCCUCAGUGCAAUCUGUAUAGUGUGUAUCUGUGAUUGUGUCUCUCUGACUGAAUGUUUUGCAGUGAUCAGAUUUACUGUAUGAUACUUAAUUAUUAUAAGAUUAUAAGGAUGGUAUGUAGGGACCAGCUAAGUAAACUGCACAAUGACCUAAACCAUGUGACCAAUCUUCUUUGUAUGAAGGCGUAUUGGGAGAAUUGUCCUUAGGAAGCUACAGUAGGCACUUUAACUCACAAUCAUGCAAUGUGCAGCUCCAAUAAAGUAUAUUAAAGAAACA